CGGCGCGGGUGGCGAAGGCUGCGGCUGCGGCAGCGGCGCCCUCUCCCGCGAGGCGGGCGGUGGCAGUGGGCGGGAAGGCGCGCGGCCCGGCGGGUCGGCCGACGGGUCGAACGCCGCCGCGUCGAGUCACUCCUCUGAGGGCGCCGCGGACGCAGCAGAGGCGGACGCGGACGCGACGGCGGCGGCUGAGGCAGAGGCGGACGCGGCGCCAACUGUGGAGCCCGCGCGGCUGGUUUGGAUCCCGGGCGGCGUCUUCACGAUGGGCCACGACAACCGCUCGCUCUCGCCCUCCACCUUUGACCCCGACGGCGAGGGCCCCUCGCGGCGCGUCUCUGUCUCUGGCUUGUGGGUCGGGAAGACGGAGGUGUCCAACCGGGAGUGGGCGGCGUUCGCAGCCGCGACCGGGUACGAGAGCGAGUCGGAGCGGUUCGGCUGGUCCUUCGUCUUUGAGCCGCAGAUGACGGCGCAGGCGGCCGCAGAGGCGACGCAAAAGGUGGAGGUGGCGCCGUGGUGGAUCGCCGUCAACGGUGCGACCUGGCGCCAGCCGCACGGCCCCGGUUCGGACGCGCUGACCGACGAGCUGCGGCACCACCCGGUCGUGCACGUGUCGUGGAACGACGCGGUGGCGUACUGCGCGUGGGCGUACCCCGCGGGCGGCGGCGGCGUGGGGGCGGGGCGUCUGCCCACCGAGGCGGAGUGGGAGCUGGCGGCGCGAGGGGCUCCGGCAGACGCGGAGCGGUCCUACCCGUGGGGCGACGAGCUCGAGCCGGCAGCCGGCCACCGAGCAAACAUCUGGCAAGGCCACUUCCCGACCAAGAACAGCGCGGAGGACGGGUGGACCUUCACCUCUCCGGUGGACUCGUUCGAGCCGCAGAAUGAGCACGGCUUGCACCACGUGAUUGGCAACGUGUGGGAGUGGACGCGCGACUACUGGACGACGCGCCACAGGCGCAGCAAGAAGGUGCUCAAGGACCCGCGCGGGCCGGGCCGGCCAGCCGGGGCGCAGGGCGCGGUGCCCGACCGCGUCAAGAAGGGCGGCUCCUUCCUCUGCCACGCCUCGUACUGCUUCCGCUACCGCGUCACCGCGCGCUCGCAAAACACCGAGGACACGGGCACGUCCAACCUCGGCAUCCGCUGCGCCCGAUCGGCGCCGCCGCCCGCGAACGAAAAGGAGGAGCUUUGAGCGUGUUGAAUAAUUUGUCUCCGAUCGUACACUUUUGUGGUUUGAAACGUUUGUGUGGAGAGCGCCGACGCCGAGGACGCGGUGUGCGGUUUUCGGGAUUGGUUACAUACCGAGGCAACGG